GUCUCAUGUCACAAAAAAUCAACUUGACAAGUGAGACGCUUCAACUACAUUUGUUGACCAUGUCACUUGUAAAUAUUGCUAGACAUUUCUACAAAUACGUACGGCCUUCCAGCAGUCGAACUUAUUGCCGAAAAGUCUCAGAGUUCUCAGACGAAGACGAAGGUGCAAGCAAGAAGUCAGAACCAAAGGACCAACUGAAAAGGUUCGGCGAAUACGUAGCAGAAUGCCUUCCAAAGUACGUGCAAAAAGUGCAAAUGACUCAUGCUAACGAACUGGAGAUUCUGGCAGUACCAGAUGGAAUAUCAUGUGUGGUGCAGUUUCUGAAAGAUCAUCAUGAUUGUCAGUUUGAAAUGCUGGUUGAUCUCACUGCCGCUGAUGUACCUUCGAGAGUAUAUAGGUUUGAGGUGGCUUAUAACUUGUUAUCGCUUAGGUAUAAUUCUAGAUUGCGCGUGAAAACUUACACAGACGAGCUUACUCCUUUGGAUUCUGUAUGUGACAUCUACAAGUCGGCCAAUUGGAUGGAAAGAGAAGUUUGGGAUUUGUACGGCAUUUUCUUUGCCAAUCAUCCAGACCUCAGGAGGAUUAUGACCGACUAUGGUUUUCAGGGCCACCCCCUCAGAAAAGAUUUUCCCUUAAGCGGAUAUGUGGAACUGCGGUACGAUGAUGAGAAAAAGAGAGUGGUGUGUGAACCGGUAGAGUUUGCACAAGAAUUCAGGAAGUUCGAUCUCAGUACGCCUUGGGAGCAGUUCAGGAAUUUCCGCCCAAAAGCUCAAGCAGAGGACGUCCCUAAGACAGAUGAAAAGAAGACCAAAAAGCCUUAAUGGAUGAAAUUUUCUAGUAUUAAUUAAAUAUAUAAAAAUAUAAAACACAUAGUAUCAAUUAGAAAGUACUACCGAUUUAUUC